AUGCGCCUUGCCUCCAGCGGGUGGCGCUCGAGUCCGGCUGAACGGCGGCGGCGAGGGGCGGGCACGCGCCCGGGGCGCGCGCGCCACCCCUCUCGCCUCCACCCAACUCCCCCAUUAGUGCGCGAGUUUACCUCUAGAGGUCAUCAGGCAGGAUUUACGACUGGACAACAAAAGCACGUGAUUCGAAGUCGUACCCCAUAUUUGGGUGCCUACGUAGGAGGGAACCGAGUACAUGUCCCAGUCAUUUCCAUAAUUCAUCAUAAAUUGUGCAAGGGUGCUAUAGACGCACAAACGACCGCGAGCCACAAAUCAAGCACACAUAUCAAAAAACAAAUGAGCUCUUAUUUUGUAAACUCAUUUUGCGGUCGCUAUCCAAAUGGCCCGGACUACCAGUUGCAUAAUUAUGGAGAUCAUAGUUCCGUGAGCGAACAAUUCAGGGAGUCGGCGAGCAUGCACUCCGGCAGGUACGGCUACGGCUACAAUGGCAUGGAUCUCAGCGUCGGCCGCUCGGCUUCCGGCCACUUUGGCUCCGGCGAGCGCGCCCGCGGCUACGCGGCCGGGGCCGGGGCGGCGCCCGCCGAGCCCAGGUACAGCCAGCCGGCCACGUCCACGCACUCGCCACCGCCCGACCCUCUGCCCUGCUCGGCGGUGGCCCCCUCGCCCGGCAGCGACAGCCACCACAGCGGCAAAAACUCCCUGGGCAACUCCAGCGGCGGCGCCUCGGCCAGCGUCGGCGGCGGCGGCGGCGGCGGCAGAGAAGGGGUUGGCACGGCGUCCGCGGCCGAGGAGGACGCCGCUGCCAGCAGCGAGCAGGCGGGCGCCCAGAGCGAGCCGAGCCCGGCGCCGCCGGCCCAGCCCCAGAUCUACCCCUGGAUGCGCAAACUGCACAUUAGUCACGACAACAUAGGUGGCCCAGAAGGCAAAAGGGCCCGGACGGCCUACACGCGCUACCAGACCCUGGAGCUGGAGAAGGAAUUCCACUUCAACCGCUACCUGACCCGCCGGAGAAGGAUUGAAAUAGCACAUGCCCUUUGCCUCUCCGAGAGACAGAUAAAAAUCUGGUUCCAGAACCGGAGAAUGAAGUGGAAAAAAGACAACAAGCUGAAGAGCAUGAGUAUGGCUACGGCAGGGGGGGCCUUCCGCCCCUGAGUCCGCGGGUUCCAGUACUGAGCAGGGUUAGCGGAGCUAGCUCUCCGUAGUAUCAGUGCUAAGGUGACGUUCCGAGACUCCCCCACCCCCGUGUUCCUUCUGUGAAGAAGCCCUGUUCUCGUUGCCCCCGAUUCAUCUUUUAAUCAUGAGCCUGUUUAUUGCCAUUAGAGCGCCUGUAUAAGUAGGGAUCUGCUUCUGUUCAUCUCUUUGUCCUGAAUGGCUUUGUCUUGAGAGAAAAAAAAAAAUAGAUGUUUUAACUUAUUUAUAUGAAACAAGCUGUGUUACUUGAAGUAACUAAAACAAAAAAAAGAAAAGAAAAGAGAAAAAAAAAAAAACAAACACACACACAAAAGCCCCCCCCAACCUCUUUUAGUGCCAGUGUUGUGUGUUGCACUUGAGUUGUUUUACCGUGCAUGUGCGUGGACGUGCUCCUGUCUCAAUAGCUCCAAGCUGUUAAAGAUAUUUUUAUUCAGACUACCUAUAUCCCUUGUGUAACUAAUGCUGUUGUAGAGGUGACUUGAUGAGACACAACUUAACUUGUUCAGCGUGUAGUGGCUAGUGACUGUGGCGAAAACUGUGACUCCAAGAUGUGUGUCCCUGCGUGCCUUCGUAGGACCCUUUGCACGGACUCUGGAAGCGGCUCUUAGAAGCGCAGCUUCCCUGAUGUAUGUUUUUUGUGAACAAAGUUACAAAUAUUGUCCAAGUCUGGCUGUUUAAGCAAACUGUGAUCAGCUUUUUUUUUUUUUAAAUUUGUUUUUAAGGAAAAAAAAUACUGACUGGAAACAAACAAACAAAAAAAAAUAAACUUUCUAUUGUAAGUUC